AACCGUAAUGCAAAAUCUAUGUAAUUGCAAUAUCAGAUUGAUAAUUUUUAAUGAUGUUGCACAACAUUAUUAUCAUCUCAGUAGUAUUCCCGCCUUUUUAAAAACGGUCGCGCGCGCGCAUUUAGUCGCAACGAUUUAUUAAAAGGUCACAAACAUAAAGAUCGAGAUUAAAGCGAGCUGUUAGUGCCCUUGUUUCGUUGCGGUUUUUGCGGUGUUAUUAUGUAGUUUUGCCGAAAUUCUCGGCAACUUUCACUGCGCGGCUUUUUGUCUUGCCGACCGCUGUGGGAGAGAGCAUUUCGUGAAUUGUAUGGGUUCGUUGCGUGCACAAUGUUAUGUCAAUUGCAUAACCACGCAUGUGACUUUGAACAUAGUGAACAAUAUGAUAACAAGUGAUUAUCGCCUAUACAAAAUAUGACACAGUUGGAAAUUUUUGCGGAAUUCCUAGACCACUAAUGACUAUUCAUGGCAGUGGCAGAAAGACGGCGCAUGCAACAGCUGAAGCUAUGGCAGCAGCGGGAGAAAGAGUGGGCGCGCUCCCGGGGCAAGAAGGAGAAGAGCACCAAGCGGAACAUCUACUUCGACGACAGCGUGAUGCUGUUGGAGGCCGCCGCCAGGAGUGAUAUUGAAGAAGUCCGCCGCCUCCUAGCGCGCGGGGUCACUCCCGACGCGACCAACGAGGACGGUCUCACAGCACUACACCAGUGCUGCAUCGACAACAACGAGGCCAUGAUGCGGCUGCUGCUGCAGCACGGGGCCGACGUGAACGCGGAGGACAGCGAGCGCUGGACGCCGCUGCACGCCGCCGCCACGUGCGGCAACCUCGCGCUGGUGCGGAUACUCAUACAGAGAGGUGCGAACCUAUUAGCGGUAAACGGAGACGGAAACAUGCCAUACGAUAUAUGCGAGGAGGAGAGAACGCUAGACGCGAUCGAGAGUGAAAUGGCGGCCAGGGGUGUCACGCAGCGACUCAUCGACGACACUAGGGCUGCCACCGAGAUGAAGAUGUUGACGGAUGUCAUGGAAUUGUACAAAGAAGGUGCUGAUUUAGACGAGCCGAGAGAUAAUCAAGGUGCUACGCUGCUACACAUAGCGUCAGCGAACGGCUACAUCAAAGUAGUGGAGUUCUUACUAGAGAACCGCGCGGCGACCGACGUGGUGGACCACGACAUGUGGCAGCCCGUGCACGCCGCCGCCUGCUGGGGACACUUGGAGGUGUUAGAACUGUUAGUACAAUACGGUGCGGAUCUCAACGUGAGAAAUAAACACGACGAAACGCCCGCCGACAUCUGCGAGGAAGGCGAGAUGCGCGCGCGCAUCCUGCGCCUGGCAGCCGAGCAGGAGGAGUCGCGGCGGCGCGCGGCGGCGGCGGCGGCGAGACACUCGGGCGGGGAGCGGCUGCGCGGCGCGCGCCGGUCGAGCUCCACUGCUAGUAGCAGCCGGGUCCGCUCGGUGCGGCGCACGUCACUGCGUGAGAAGCAGCUGGCAGCCAAGGCGGAUGCUCGUGGAGAGGCGAGACUCAGGGAGACCUUCGACACUGUGCUGGACGACGAUCUGCAGGGCCUCUCCAACGGCGUGGAAAACGACCAGAACAGCCUGAAUCUGCUGCACGAGCCGCGCCUGUCCGCCUCCACCGCGUCCACCCACAGCCACGACUCCGACUACGCUGUGCCCAAACACAACAACUACCCAGACGAACACUACUACAAGAACAAUAACCCUCUAUUUGGAGUCAACGCCGCUUCACACUACGCGCCAGCUCCUAUAAGCGACGCCACAGAAACAAAACACUACGAGAAACAAAUACCGAACGGCGUCCGCAAAGCUCCAGAGGGACAAGACAACGAGGCCUACGCCAUCGAAGAAGUAGACGGUAGGAAAGAACUGGUGGUCAGCCCGAACCAAAUGGCGCUCACAGACGGAGGCACGGCCACCUACACGACCGACAAUAAUGGUAAAAUCAAUGUUCAUGUCACCGUCAUGAUUAACGCAGGCACACUGGCAGACCUGAAAAAGCAGCGUUCUCAAAUCCGCACCAACGGAAGCCCCGUCGAGAGCAGCGUGACUUCCACCAACGGGAACAGCAUCAACUCCAUCCCUGAGAAUCUUCCAGAAGCGAUGCCCGUGCAGCAGAACCCGUUGACCCUAUCGCCGAGUAGUGGAACCGUGCCGCGGUUCUCGGGACAUACCAGUGACGUGGUUGGAGACACUAGGUCUAGGCGGUGCUGUAUUGUUAUGUGAAUAGGUGAGUUGUGAUUGAGGUUAUGAUGGUCAGGCCACAUUGAGGUUCACGUUAUAAAGUGUUGAUACUAUUUCUGUGAGAGCCUCCGCUGCGUUAAGUGGAAUCUUUUCUGUUGCCAGUGUGACGAAGACAGUCAUGUUACAUGGCAUUUGUGAGCGUGACGAAGUAUAUUGCUAAAGAUGUAUUUUACUUCGGGUUUCUGUUCAGCGCAGCGGAGGCAGUUAAAGCUUUUUAAUCGGCAGUGAAAUAUUUCAUCGACCCAAAAUAAUAAAAUAGGGUCGUCUGUGGUCUGGCCAUCAAAGUGGAACAAAUAGAUGAAAGGUGUAAUAUGUUUUGAAGUCUGAUUGUCAUUCCAAAAAGUAUUUAUUGUCUAUUUAAAAUGAAAUAUUGGCAUUUCGAGAUUGUCCUACAGUUGAUUCGUAGUUUCUCUCUCUGUUUCCUACGUUAGCAGCGUUGUUGUUAGAAAGAGAGGGAGUUUUGCCGAUUGGUUUUGCCAUUAUUGCUCAUAAUGAGACGGCUUGCCACUGCGGAGUAGUGUGAUAGGUACAUAAGAGCUCAACAGUUAUACAUAUAUACUUAGUCGUAAGUUUUAGAUAUUGCUUAUUUUGUUAUGUAGAGAAAAGUGAUUCCUAAUUUUGAGUUUGUCCUCCUAGAAAAAAAUAUAUCGUAAUAAGUAUUGUAGGUGUUAAUGUUCUUAGUAUUCAACAUUCCAAUCUAUAGAGAGAUAUCAUAAAAAUACAUAUGCAAAGUAAAUUGUGAUUUCAAAAUGUGUACUUAAAAACAUAGUAUUUAUUAACAAUCAUAAAAGAUACGUAAAAUCUUUUUUUUAAUUAAAAGUAUUAUUUUUAACAAAACUCAUAAUAUAUUACAGACACAGAGAUAUCAUAUUUAGUUUCUACUUUAAUCAAAGUGCCUGGACUGGGUUGGAUUUUAAAGCAUCCUUGUUUAAAAAACAUAUUUCCAGUCCUUUUAUUGCUACUAAUAUCGGAAACAUUAAUAUAAUUAAUUAUGUUCAGUGUUCUGAAUACCCUGUAUGGUUUACAUCAGAACCACAAACAUUUUAAACAAUCAAAAUUUUAUAUUUAUCAUAAUAAAAUUAAUCAAAGAAAAUAAUUUCUUAUUUUAAAAUAAUUUAAUACCGCGUAAAUAGAAUGUGUUGAAGCACAAUGAACAUGGAAUUUUAAAACCUAACUGCGAUAACUGCCUUAUAAAAUAUUAAAUAACUAUAUAUUUUACCACCUUUACUUUACGAUUUUCUAUUUAACUUGUACCUAUCAAAAUUUACUAAAACUAUAUAUUUCGAUAUAUUUGUGUAAUAAAUUAUAUUUACAAUACAUACAUACUUACAUAAUAAUAUUAAUAGUUGCAGUAAAGAAAAAACAUUUGGAAAGCUAAACCUUUUUAACCAUUUUAACCUAAUCAAUAUAGUAAAUACCUAACUGCAUAAAUCCUUUGAAAUAGUUUGUAACUUUUUAUUGUUAUAUAUUUAAAUCUUGUAUUCGAAUGGUAACACAUAUUUGAGAAUGCAUUUCACUCUUUUAAGGGACUUUUUAGAGUGUUAUUAGAUAGUUUUUUCAUGAACAAAGACUGGCUCGUUAUGUAGAUUUGUAGAUAAAUUGUUGAACCGCGACACGUGUGGAGACUUAGAGGUCAUAUUAGUUAGAUUGACAUCUUCACGGCAGUAUCAAAAAUAAAAAGAAAUUACCAAAUCACAAAACAAACGUUUGUCAGUUUGCAUACCACGGCACGGCCCCAAAAAAAAUCUUUCAUAGAUGAACGAUAAUGCAGAUUCUGAAGGCACCAAAGCAUAUGCAUAGCAAUUUCAAAUUAUAUUUUAUUGACAUGCAUAGAGUCGAACUAAGAAUUUUAGAUUUUGACAGUGUUCAAUUUAAAUUUGGAGCCUUCAAAAUUACUACCAAUGUUCAUUUACUUUAACGAAGUAAAUAAAUGGUACAUAAGUUGCCAUUUCCUUAGAUCAAACAGCGAUGGUGCUGCCAAAGUUUCGUUCGAAUCUGUCACAGGACAUUACUAAAUAACCCUUAAUUCCCCACACGUUGAUGAGAGUUUGGAGUAUAAACAGCUGUUCGUUGACACGUGCGGAGGGGGCCACGGCAUUCGUGCUGCUACUUUGUUUUUUUUACUCUCCUAAAACAAUAUAGUUGAUAUUAUAAAUAAAUUCGUGUUCAAUUCUCGCCUAACUCACUAAAACGGUUUGAAAGAAACAAAUGGAACAAUACGCCAAACUUAUUUUAAAACAUGGGAAAAACAGUUAAGGCCAAGUUCAGUAUAAAUUUUAGGCUUAAACAAGCCUAAAAUUAAAAUUAAGAACCCCGUUUAGAUUUUUCUACUCAUUUUGUGAAUUAUAUGACUAAAACUAGUACUAAAUAACCAAAAUGUUAAUGCCAACUGCAUUGUUUUAUGAGUGAAGUUAUAUUAUUGUUGGAGUGCCUUUCUUAAUGUUCGUUAUUGCUAAUGUAAAGCUAAUACUCAAUAUGUGCCAAUAAUGUCGCAUGAGAUUCUGGGUUAACCUUUUUGAGCAUAAUCUAGUAGAAACUAAUAGUUUUUUUACAAUGUCGUAUGAAAACGUUUUUUUUAAAUCUCAAUCUUUUGAGGAGUUUCAAAUAAAGCUAUGAACCCACACUUUACCAUAUACGUUAUUUUAUCAGUCAGUACUUACUAGCUUGUUUCAAAUUUAUAUCACACAAAAUAAAUUAUUUAAUGGAGAAAUAUUUAGUGGUCUGGUAACCCUCUAUCUUAGUUAUACCUAUAGAUUAGUUAACUUAUGUCUAAAAAUUCCAAUGAAACAUUGUGUUCAAACACUUCGGUGUAACUUAAUAUGGCAGCUUAACAUUUGUUUACACUAUAUUUGUAUUUAUACAUUAUAUUAUGUAAAUGAUAAAAAAUAUACUUGUAAAGCUAUAUAAAUUUUGGAAAUACUUUUACCUUUUAACGUAAGUAGCGAUAGUACCAUCCAUUAGUAAUCCAUUCGUCCAUAUCUUAGUCACUAGACGUAGGCCCAUCAUCCAAUUUUAAUAAUAUACUCUAUUAUUAUUAGUACUUAAAAAGUACAUAGAAAAUUAUUAAGUACAGCAUUUGAAUUUAACUUAUUGAUGUCGUAAAAAUAGAUUAUAUGAAUGCAUUUCAAACCGCUGGUAUGUAAUCUGCUGUCUUUUGAAAAAUAUCAUGAUUAAAGCUAUGUUAGCACAAAAACAUAUUAUUUUAUCUUAGUACUUAUAACAUUUUUAAUCAUGGCGCAGAAUACAACUCGGUGGUUUAAAAUAGUUAUUAUAAAUAAAAUGUGUACUUAUUUAAUCAUAAUUAAAAUAUCUUUACUGUACUUAUCGUUAAAAAAACCCGAAGCAAUACAUUGAAUGCCUUAUAAAAACAAUACAUUCCAGUGAAUUUAUUAAUAUUAUGUAUUUCUCCUUCGUAAUAACAUGUUUUGACAGUAUUAGACGCAUGUUUUAAGUAUUAUAUAUCGCAUUUAAAAUAUUCCUGUUGGUGACUCAAAUUUGUAAACUGUGAAUAAUUGGAACGCAGGAAAGAAGUGAAAUGGAGAUUUGUAAAGCUUGUAAUUAUAAAUUUUUUCUCCUUUCGGUUGUGAUAAAAAUGCCUUGCUUGUCACAAAAAUCCUCUAAUAAGUGAUUGGUUGAUUAUAAAUUAUGAUGUUAAUUUAACUUUGAAAUCAGUAAGUUUAAAACCUAUUCAAAAACAGUAUUUAAUUUGAUUUAUUAACUUAAUUUAGUUUCUUGUGAUCGGGUCCUAAUACACGAGCUUAAAAUGGACUCUGCCAUUCAGGAUCUUGCCGUAUUUAUGUAAAAAAAGUAUAGCCAUAUCCUUCAUAUGAGAUAUAUCAUAACCAUUUCGUACAAAUUCUUGCUUUUAUUGUUCCUCUUAGUAUAGUAUUUUAGCUUUUUAGUAACCUAUUAGUCUUGUACAAUAAUUAAUGUAUAUAUUUAUAAUCCUUGUAUGCUUUCAUGGUGCAAUAUAAAUGAUUGAUUAAAUUGGAAUACAACCACUCUAAAUGGUUUCUAUAAUAUUGCGAGUACCGGAAAUUGUAUACUGUACCCCAAUAAAAUGCAUAAUUUAUCGGAAAGCCCCGUGUAGGUGCAUAAUUUAUAAUUAAAAUAUUUAUAGCGUUAAUUGCAGACAUACUAACAAUAAAAAUGUAUCAAGGACCCCAAAUGUAUCUGUGAACAAAAUGAAUUUAAUAUUUAAUUAUUAUUAUAUUAAAUUAGUACAUAUUGUUUUUAACAAAACUGCGGUACAAAUAUGAUUGAAAAAUUGCAACAGAUUAUUGUAUUGUAUGUGAUGGAACUGUUUAUGUGAUUCAAUAGAGUUGAUUUUUUCUUCUCGUAUAGGGACGGUUGAACUUUACAGGCUUGAUGCAUCAAUGAUGACAAAUAAAUACCUAUGUCAAAUUACAUCUGUUAGUUAGACGAUUAAAGGAUGACACAGUUGAUAAGUAUUUAAACUAAAAAAUAUUAGUGGUCUAGGAAUAUAAAAAAAAUGAAAAUUAAUAAAUUUAUUGAAUCACAUAAACAUGACUAUGAAUGUUGCUUGAUAGUGCGGGCCUAAAUCGCACGAGCUUCAAUGAAAAUUUAUUUCCAUUUCCCACGACUUUUUAAUAAGUAGUGCUUGUAAUAAGUGUUUUGAUUAUUUUAUUGUUAAAUUGUGAAGAAAAAAAUAAAUAAUUCGUUUCAAUGAA